AUGUUUAACCCUUCAGGCUCAGUGGAUCUGACCUACAGUGACCUGCUGUACUCAGACCUGUGUAAAGGUCUGGAGGGGCUGCUGCUCAACAGUCACCUGCACCUGCUCUACCUGGUCACUCCGUACGACAUGAUCGCUCAGUGCAAACCGGACUGGAUGCUGUACCUCAGACAGUUCACGCUGCUGUCCGCGGCCGAGCAGAAGAUGUCCGCAGCCGUCGGCGUCCCCGAGAGUUUUGUAGCCCGAAAAGCUGCCGGACAGACGGUCAGGAAGAGUGUGAACAUGGACGCAGUGAGGCGGAUGUAUCUGGCCCUGGUGCUGUUUUUUCUGCUGAAGGAGACGAACCUGUGGAGCGUGGCCGACCGCUUCCAGCUGAGCCGAGGCUUCGUCCAGAGUCUCCUCAGCUCGUCCUCGGCCUUCUGCUCCUGCGUCCUGCACUUCACUGAGGAGCUGGAGGAGUUGUGGCCGUUCAGAGCUCUGCUGUCGGAGUUGACUCGCAGGCUGAGCUACUGUGUGACGGCUGAACUGGUCCCUCUGAUGGAGGUGGCUGGGGUCAUGGAGUCCAGAGCGAAGCAGCUUUAUAACGCCGGCUAUAAAACGCUGCCUCACCUGGCGAACGCCGACCCGACGGUUCUCUGCCGCACCAUCGAAAACCUGUUUAAGAAACAAGCCAAUCAGAUCGUGGCUGCUGCCAAGAUGCUGCUGAGUGAAAAAGCUGCAGCUCUGCAGGAGGAAGUGGACGAGCUGCUGACGAAGCCGUCAGAUCUGCCCUGAACUCAACUCUCGUUGUUUUUAUCGUUUGAAAUGCACGUCUUUAUUAAAUUAAUGGACACGAAGGGCUCAACGUGAUUUAUUUUAUAUUAAAAAAAAAAUACAAAUAAUAGAAGAACUUUGUGUUACAGUUUGUAUGAAAAGUCUGAGUUUGUC